AAAAAAAAAUAAUAAAAUAUUUAUUUUUGUAGAGAAAGAGAGAGAGAGAGAGAGAGUUUUAGGAAGGUAAAAAAAAAACAAAAAAAUGUCGACUGAGUUGGUUUUACCUCCUGGGUUCAGGUUUCACCCUACUGAUGAAGAGCUUGUCAUGCACUAUCUCUGCCGUAAAUGUGCUUCACAGUCUAUUGCUGUGCCUAUUAUAGCUGAGAUCGACCUUUACAAAUACGAUCCAUGGGAACUUCCUGGUAAGGCUUUGUAUGGAGAGAAAGAGUGGUACUUCUUUUCGCCUAGAGACCGGAAGUACCCGAACGGUUCAAGGCCGAAUCGUGCGGCCGGAACUGGGUACUGGAAGGCUACCGGAGCUGAUAAGCCGAUCGGGAAUCCGAAGCCGGUUGGGAUCAAGAAGGCUCUGGUUUUCUAUGCCGGAAAAGCUCCAAGAGGAGAGAAAACCAAUUGGAUUAUGCAUGAGUAUCGGCUCGCCGAUGUGGAUCGCUCUGCUCGCAAAAAGAACAGCUUAAGGCUGGAUGAUUGGGUUUUGUGUCGUAUAUAUAACAAGAAGGGCACUCUGGAAAAGCAAGAGCUAUUGAAUGCUAGUAACAAAAUGCAUAACAACUCGGAAAUGGAGGAUAAGAAGCCGGAGAUUUUGAACACGUGUGCGCUGCCGCCACCGGCGGCUCUUCCGACGGUUGCGGCGAAUGAAUACGUGUACUUUGACACGUCGGAUUCGGUGCCGCGGCUGCACACGGACUCGAGCUGCUCGGAGCACGUGGUAUCGCCUGAGUUCACGUGCGAGGUGCAGAGCGAGCCGAAGUACUGGGAAAAGAACCUUGAAUUUCCGUUUAAUUACAUGGAUGCCAUGGACAAUGGGUUUGUUUCGCAAUUACAGGGUGGGAGUAGCAGUCAGAUGUCGCCGUUGCAGGAUAUGUUCAUGUAUCUGCCGAAGACAUAUUGAAGUGGGGCCCAGUAUUAUUUAUUAAUACGGUACUGUUUAGGGGGGCUGCUGAUACAUUUGUUGGGUGGGGUAGGUACACGAGACCAAAAAAAAAGUCUAUGAGUGUACCUGUGGCUUUGGGAGCGUGGAUAUUGAUUAGUGUUGCGAAUGUUUAGAAUGCUAGAAAUUGAAAAUGAAAAUGAAAGAUGAAUUGUAUUUGACCCCAAACAAAAAACAAAAAAAAAUUGAAAAAAUGAAUUGUAUUGUGGGGUUCCAUAGUGGCCGCCACGUGUGUUUUGGAGGGUUGAUCAUGGUUUGGUCAGACGGUGUAUGGUGAUAUUACAUACAUACAACAUUAGCAUGUGUACACGUCAUGUAUAGAGACAAGUUAUUAUGGGUGCUCACAUGAUAGUUUUAGGAGGCUCAUUUUGGGCUUUCAAAAUUCUCAUAUUUGUAGUAGAUUUUCAUUAUAAUCUAGUUGUCAUUUGAAAGCAAUGCCACCCA